GGGUUGCUUGGAGUAGGCGGGAUUUCCUUGCGAAUUUAGCAUCGCGGCCUCUGCUUUACUGAAGGACACUUGUCUAGUUCUGUUUGCUCAAGGGUCGAGUGUUAAAGGAACAUAAAUAAUCCAUCAUGGGAGGCCACGAUGCAGGAACCCAGCACCAGUUCACUGGCUUUGCCAAGUACUUCAACGCAUUCACAAUCACAGGGAGGAGGAAUUGUGUUUUGGCCACAUAUGCUAGCAUAGUAGCCAUUGGCCUCUUUUUCAAAUUGAAGCCCAAGAAACAGGCCGCCAUCAAAGAAUGAUCAUGUUUCCAUUUUGACCAACAGCUUGGAGUGGAGGAAGCAGCUGGACAUGCUUGUAAUAAAAAUACGUUUUUGUUUCCCUAUGUAAACAAUAAAGACAAUUUAUGCCCCAAA